AGAAACCGAAACAUCAAAGAGUAGGUAUAUUUGUGACCCAUUUUGCACAUGUUACAAAAUCUUCUCUUUUUCUACUCCUCUUCAGGCUGUAGCAUCCAAAACCAAAGCCCAGGGUUUUGCAGCAACAUUUUUGGAAAUGGAAGGUUCUGUUGGGAUGGUUGAUGGGUCAAUUGCGGGAGGGAAGAUGCCUGGUGAAGAAAUGGUAAUUGUGGGGGAAAAGAAGCCAGUAGAGGACAUUGUGAUUCUGUUGGGUCCUGAUGGACCGAUAGAAAUGGAAGAUGAGGUUUUUGAAGAGGCGAUUGAUGCACAAGAGCUUUUGCAGGCACAGGGAACAAAGCCUGAAUUGGGUGAUGACAGUUUUAUUGGUGAUGGAAAUGGGGAUGGGGAGACACCAGGUGUUUUGCGUUCAGGGGAAGUUCUGGAUAAUACUAAUGCGGAACUUGAGGAUGAUACAUUUGAAGAGGCUAUUGGGGUUCCUACUGCUGUUGGGAGUGAGAAGGAAUUGCCACUGCUGGUGGAUGAGCAGAAGUCUGAAGAUUUGAUGGCUGGAGAGAGUCUUGAUGGGGUUGUUGUGCCGGAUAAGAUUGAUGAAGGAGGGACUGGAGACAGAACAGGGACAGCUGAAGCCAAUGCUGUUGAAGGUACUAAACUUUCAAGGAAUGUGGAUGAAGGUGAUGUGAAGUCCAAGGCAGUGAUUGAUGAACCUGAAAUUGGAGAUUCUGAAAAGGCAGAUUUGGAUGACACUUUGGUUGAUGGAAAAUUAGAAGCAGGAGAUUUGGAUAAACUUAAGGAAGGCUUUCUUGGUUUUGAUCAAGCAGUUGAAUUCAACUUGCAGGCUAUGCCUGAAGAUGAAAGGAGUGAGAAAGAACAAGAUGGUUCAUUGGUUUCUGAAAAUAAAGAUGAUGGCACUGGUGAAUCUGUUGAUGCCUCAGCUGGCAUCCUUAGCAAGCCUGAAGAUGAUAAAAAUGAACCGCUGGUUCACAGGCCCACUAUUCAAGAGAGUGAGGAAUUGAAAGACACUUCAGAUGAAAUUGAUUCAAUUCAUGGUCUUGACAAGGGUGAACAAGCGCAAAAAAGUUUAGUUGUCUUGAAUUCUGAAGAUCAUGAUAACAUGAAUAGGGAAGUGAAAGAACCUCCUGCCUCAUCAGAUUUAAAGCAUAAUGGUGAAUCUGAUAAACCACAAGACACUUCAGCUGAUUUGUUUACAUCUGUGAAAGAGUUAUUGGUGCCAGAGACCGGAAAGUUGUCCCUACAGAAGUCUAAGGUUGAGAUGAAUGGAGAUACUGAAGCAGCCAAACCUGAAAUGGAAGUAGAUCUUGACUUCAGUUCUCAACCAGAUGACAAAAGGAAAUUAGUGAAUAUGGUUCAAGACAGCAAUGGUGUGGCUGAAGAUUCUGAAAGAAAAGCAGAGAAGGGUCACGAAGUAGAGCUUGAUGAAAGUUCUCAGCCUCAACAGGCUGACAAAAAGGAAUUUGUGAAUAAGGUUCAAGACAGCAAUGGUGUAGCCAAAGAUUCUGAAAGAAAAGAAGAAAAGGAUCAGGAAGCAAAGAACAACACCAAUUUGGAUAGAGAAUAUGUAAUUCAGCCUCCCUCCUCAUCAUCUGCAAAGAGUGAAGAGUCUGAAAAGAAGGUAGAUAAAGGACCAGAAGAGAAGCAAAUGGGUAACCUUAAUCAAGAACGUGAGAUUCCAUUUGGCCCACUACCUUCUUCAUCUGCAAAUUCUACAAGUCCUGCCAUGCCAGCUCGCCCUGCCGGCCUUGGGCGUGCUGCUUCACUGUUUGAACCUGCUUCUCGGGUGGUUCAGCCACCUCGUGUUAAUGGAACUGUAUCACAUGUUCAAACCCAGCAAAUUGAAGAGCCGGCUAAUGGAGAGGCUGAGGAGAAUGAUGAGACUCGGGAAAAACUUCAGAUGAUUAGGGUAAAAUUUUUGCGCCUUGCCCAUAGGCUUGGCCAGACUCCCCAUAAUGUUGUUGUGGCUCAGGUUCUGUACAGACUAGGCCUGGCUGAGCAGCUUCAAGGAAGAAAUGGUGGCCGUGUUGGUGCCUUUAGCUUUGACCGUGCAAGUGCUAUGGCAGAGCAGCUUGAGGCAGCAGGGAAUGAACCUCUUGAUUUUUCUUGUACAAUUAUGGUUCUUGGGAAGACAGGGGUUGGUAAAAGUGCAACAAUUAAUUCGAUAUUUGAUGAGGUUAAGUUCAGUACUGAUGCUUUUCAGACGGGUACAAAGAAGGUUCAGGAUGUCGUGGGUACUGUUCACGGAAUUAAGGUGCGGGUAAUUGACACACCAGGGCUUUUGCCAUCCUGGUCUGACAAGUGUCAGAAUGAAAAGAUCCUUCACUCUGUUAAGCGUUUCAUCAAGAAAACACCUCCAGACAUUGUGUUGUAUCUUGAUAGGUUGGACAUGCAAAGCAGGGAUUUUGGUGAUAUGCCCCUUCUCCGCACCAUCAGUGAGAUAUUUGGACCAUCUAUAUGGUUUAAUGCAAUUGUGGUUCUAACUCAUGCGGCUUCUGCUCCACCUGAGGGUCCAAAUGGUACUGCUCCUAGUUAUGAUAUGUUUGUCACUCAACGUUCACAUGUUGUCCAACAGGCCAUUCGUCAGGCAGCUGGGGAUAUGCGGCUCAUGAAUCCUGUGUCAUUAGUGGAAAACCAUUCUGCGUGCAGAACAAAUAGGGCUGGGCAGAGAGUUUUGCCAAAUGGCCAAGUUUGGAAGCCUCAUUUAUUAUUGCUGUCUUUUGCUUCAAAAAUUCUGGCUGAAGCAAAUGCGCUUCUGAAGUUGCAAGAUACUCCACCAGGAAAGCCUUUUGCAACUCGGUCCAGAGCACCUCCACUUCCUUUCCUUCUUUCAUCUCUUCUCCAAUCAAGACCACAAGUGAAGCUGCCUGAAGAGCAAUUUGGUGACGAUGAUGGUCUGGAUGAAGAUUUAGAUGAAUCAUCAGACUCUGAUGAUGAUGUAGAAUAUGAUGAAUUGCCCCCAUUUAAACGGUUAACAAAAGAUCAGAUAGCUAUGCUUAGUAAAGGUCAGAGAAAUGCAUAUUUUGAUGAAUUGGAGUAUAGAGAAAAGCUUUUUAUGAAGAAGCAAUUGAAGGAAGAGAGAAGGCGAAGGAAGAUGAUGAAGAAAAUGGCAGCUGCAGCUAAGGAUCUGCCUAGGGAUUAUGGAGAAAAUGCAGAAGAAAGUGGAGGUGCUGCUUCUGUGCCAGUACCCGUGCCUGAUUUAGCACUGCCUGCUUCUUUUGAUUCUGAUAAUCCUACUCACCGGUAUCGUUACCUUGAUUCCUCCAAUCAGUGGCUUGUGAGGCCCGUUCUCGAAACUCAUGGUUGGGAUCACGAUGUUGGUUAUGAAGGUAUAAAUGUAGAAAGAUUGUUUGUGGUUAAAGACAAAGUUCCCAUCUCAUUUUCUGGCCAGGUUACAAAGGACAAGAAGGAUGCCAAUGUCCAAAUGGAACUAGCCAGUUCUUUAAUGCAUGGAGAAGGAAAAGCUACUUCUCUAGGUUUUGAUAUGCAGACUGUUGGUAAGGACUUGGCCUAUACUUUACGCAGUGAGACUAGAUUUAGUAAUUUCAGGAAGAACAAGGCAACAGCCGGUCUCUCAGUUACACUCUUAGGUGAUGCUUUAUCAGCUGGAUUGAAAGUUGAGGACAAGUUCAUUCCUAACAAACGGUUGCAGGUGGUUAUGACUGGGGGUGCAAUGACCAGUUGGGGUGACGUUGCGUAUGGUGGUAGUUUGGAAGCCCAGUUGAGAGAUAAGGAUCAUCCACUGGGUCGCUCGCUGUCUACUCUUGGGCUUUCUGUCAUGGAUUGGCAUGGAGAUCUUGCCCUUGGGUGCAAUAUACAAUCCCAGAUCCCUGUUGGACGGUCCACAAAUUUAAUUGCACGUGCCAAUUUGAAUAACCGGGGUGCAGGACAAGUCAGUGUCCGGUUAAAUAGCUCAGAACAGCUUCAAAUAGUUUUGGUUGCUGUCAUUCCUUUAUUGAAAAAGCUACUUGGUUAUCAUCAGACGCAGUUUGGACAAUGAUGAAAAUUAGAUUGUGUGCUGUAGCAGCCAUGCGGUGAUAGGUUAAAGAUUUCAAAUGGCCAUUCCAUGGUGGUCAUUAGCUGAGUAAAAGAAAGAGAACUAAUAUCCAUGCUGCACUGAGGUUACUAGUUUGGACUUCCAGGCUAUUUUUCUUUGGUUUCAAUUGACCUUUUCUUGAAAAUGUUGUUACCAGUUUUGGUGGAAAUGUGGAAUGUAUCUGACUAUUAUAAAUCAAUUGCGUCACUUCCUUACUCUUUUAAGAGCGUUGAUGUCUUAACUUAGUAAAGGUUGGUGGUUUGUUUGUUAAGAGAAUUAUAGGAGCAGGUUACAGGAAGAAAUCUAGAAAUCUGUAGUGUUUGUCAUUUUAUAGCAAUAAUCAUAAGAGGCCAUUGGGUAUCAUUCCAUGCUUGAUGCUACAAAAUGGAAAGGCUGUUAUUAUUAUUUGUCUGAAAUCAUGAAAUCUGUGGCUAGCAGAAUAUAUUUUGUCUAUCAAA